UUGUUCUACUCUCUCCCUUUAAAAAUGCUUGAUCGACAACAAGAAAUUUGUAGACCUUCUGAUUUUAAAAGGCUUGGAUUUCAAACCCUAUGUGCCUACGUCCAAAAUCAUUCCCAACAUUGUGAGGGUGGCGGUUAUUUACCUUGGACAGAAUUUAAAGCUUGUGCGUCUUCCUCUUCAAAUUUACAAUUUUUAAUUGUUAUUGUUGCAUUUAUCUUCUUUUUGUUUUUAUUUUUACAUUUGAGUGUUACAGCAGAUUCUUUUUUCUGUGAAAAUAUUGCUACAAUUGUUGAUGUACAUAAUAUAUCACAGAAUAUUGCGGGCAUUACUUUUAUGGCCUUCGGCAAUGGUGCCCCAGACAUUUUUGGCUCAAUCGUCUCUGUUAUUUCCGUCCCAAAGCCUAGAGCUGAUUUAGCAAUAAGCGAACUAUUAGGUGGAAGUAUAUUUGUAACAACUUGUGUUGUAGCCGCAAUAGCUUUAAGCAGGCCAUUUUUGUUAAUGAGAAGGCCAAUUUUGAGAGAUAUUUGUUUUCAUUCAGCAGCACUAAUUUUACUUUUAAUUGUUGCAAAUUGGGAAGGAAAAAUGCCUUUAUGGCAGCCUUUAGCCUUCCUAGUCCUCUACACAAUUUAUGCAACAACAGUAGUUUCCGGAAACUUAUUUAGACAAAAAAUGUUGAGAGAAAGAAAAAAGAAGAAGAAAAGUGAGGAGGAUUUAGGGAAAGUUCAAAGAGCAAUUGCUAAAAUUAUGCCAAAAAAGAUUACGCCUUUAGAGAUUUGUGCUAUAGAAGAAGGAAAACCUCCAAAAAAUGAAGAAAAUAAGAAGAAAAUAGAAAAUGAAAAGAGUAAGGAAAAAGAAGAGACGGACAGACAAAAUGCUCAAGAUCAACAACAAAGACAACGUUCAGUACUUCAACUUCCAAUUAAUACAUUAACUAUUCCAAAAAUAACAACAAAUGUUUGUGUUGAUACUCCAGAAGAAGAAGGAGAAAAGGAAGAAGAAUUCCAUGCAUUAGAUUAUUUAGAGGAAGGCAAAUUUUUUGGAAAGGAAGAAUUGGACGCGGAAGGGGAAAGGGCUUUAAGUAGAUCAACUUCUCCUUUGCCGUUGGAUAUUUCUGGAGAUUCAGGUCGCUAUUAUGGUAGUAUUUCAUCCCCCUCAUCAACAACCCAAACAAUAAAAACUGCCGAUAGUGGAAUAAUAAUAGAUUGUGGUAGAAAUACUCCUUUAUCCCCUUCUGGAGAAAGUGCAUCAACUCUUUCCCCUUGUAGAAGUGAAGUGGAAAUACUUGGAAUUAAAAAAGAAAAGGAAGAAUUUUACAAUAAAGAAGUGAAAAAAUUUUGGGAAAGAAUAUGCCCUCUAAAUUGGAAAAAAUUUCAAAAUGCUGGAUGGGCAGGAAAAAUUUAUAGGAUAUUAAAGAUUCCUUCAUUACUUUUGCUUGGUCUAACAAUUCCUAGAGCUGGAAAAUGGUCUAAACUUUUGGCUAUAGUACACGCAUUUCUUUUUCCAUUAAUACUUUGUUGUGCCUUUAAAUUAUUUUCUCUCCAUAUAUUCAAUUCUUUAAUUACAGCAAACUAUAUUGCUUUAAUUAUUUCUAUAUUUUUGGUUAUAUUUAUUGGAAUAACAACUGAAAUAGAUAAAGAGCCGUGUUAUUAUAAGUGGAUCUCUUCACAUGUUGGUUUUGUACUUUCAAUAGCUUGGAUUUAUGCAACAGCAGCAGAAGUGUUAAAUGUAGUUUUAAUGCUUGGAAAUUUGUUUAAUAUUCCAUAUCAAAUACUUGGGUUAACUGCUGUUGCAUGGUGCAAUAGUAUUGGUGAUUUAAUAGCAGAUGUAUCAGUAGCUAGGCAAGGAAUGCCCAGAAUGGCUUUGUCUGCAGCUAUAGGAGGGCCUCUUUUUAGUUUGUUGAAUUUUUUAAAAUUAUAUUAGGGGCGGGAUGUUUUAUGCGUUAUCUGACUUUUCCCUUCCCUCGUUGACGCCCUCCAACUUAUCCUUGCCUUUUCCUUCUCCGACUUAUCCCGCCCCUUUAUGACUUAUCCCUUCUUCCUUCGAUGUAUCUCUGCCCUCUCCGCUUGUCCCGGCCCUCUAGGAAUUAUCCCUCCACUUUCGGACUUAUCCUUGCCUUUCCUGACUUAUCCCUUACUUCUCCGAAUUAUCCCUUCCCUCCGACUUAUUCUGCCCCUCUAUGACUUAUCCCCUCCUCCUCCGACGUAUCU